AUGGCGAAGAAGCGCCGCCUCAACACCUUCGACGGCAUGCGCCUCUGGUUCGAGGGCGUGGGCUAUCUGGGCACGCGGCCGCUGCUCCUCCUCCGGCACAUCCUGCCCUUCACGGCGCUCACGGUGUGCGCCUGCGUCGGCACGUCGCUCACGCUCUGGGUCUGCGCCCUGCCGCUGCGCCUCGUCGGCUACCGGCCGUCGCUCGACGGCCUGCUGCGGUCGACGGCCGUGUCCGCGCUGCAGACGACGCAGUGGCUGCGGCCCGCGACGUCGGGCGGCGCGUUCUUCGCGGCGCUCGACGGCCGCGCGCCGGCGCUCGCCGCGGAGCUGCGCGCGGCGCCGACGGUCCGGGGCUGGGGGCGGCGCGCGCGCGUGCUCCUCGUCGAGCUUUUGGUCGGCUGCCUCGUCGUCUCGGGCGUCGUCUUCUUCUCCGCGACGUGGGCGCCCGUCGUCGCGGCGACGGCGGCCUUCGUCGCGUCGGGCGCGGCCGUCGCGUUCCCCAUCGCGCCGCUCUUCGUGUGCGUGCUCGCGACGUCCUGCGCGGCGGUCGCCGUCGCGCUGCUCUGGGUGCCCGUGAUCCGGCCCGCGCUGAAGAUGUUCAAGGCCGUCGCGGCGUUCAGCAAGCCCCUCGCGGCCGCGAGCUUCUUCCUCGUCCUCUCGGGCGCGGUCCGGGCGCCGACGAUCGAGCUCUGCGCCCAGGCGGCCUGGGUCUACGUGCUGACCUUCGUGCAGGCGAAGCAGUUCCUCUACCAGUACGACGCGCGGCAGGACGCGGCGGCCUGGGCGCAGUUCACGGCGGAGCACCGCUGGGCGCUCUUCGGCUUCGGCCUCCCGUCCUGGGCGGCGACGCAGUACGUCCACCCGCUCGCUGGCCUCCUCCUCCUCGAGGCGAACCAGGGCGCCGCGGCGACGUUCCUCGCGGAGGCCCUCGCGGGGUCCGUCGAUUAA